CGGCUCCCCGUCUUGAUCCUUUUUUUUUUCGGCGGUUGCGGACGGACUCACCUCGUGCGUCACCUCUCUAGAUCCUCUCCUCACCUUCUGUCGUUCACGGCCAGACAGAUCGACACAGCCGAAUCGCCCAACAUGUCCGACUCUCUGCUUGCGAAGAAGUAUGUCGACGGGAUAUACAUCCCGGCUGGUCUCAUCGUGCUCGGCACCGCCAUUCUGAAGCGCGAGUUCCUGCACUACGCCGUGCUCGUCGCCAUUGCCCUCGGCGCCAUCAAGUUCAUCCGGACCCAGCCCAAGAAGGUCCUCAAGCCAGAUGCCUUCCAGGAGUUUGAGCUCAAGGAGAAGACCAUCAUCUCCCACAAUGUAGCCAUCUACCGCUUCGCUCUCCCCAACCCAUCCGAUAUCCUCGGCCUCCCCAUCGGCCAGCACAUCUCGAUCGGCGCCCAUCUCCCCCAGCCCGAUGGCACCACCAAGGAAAUCGUCCGCUCCUACACCCCCGUCUCUGGUGACCACCAACCCGGCUACUUCGAUCUCCUCAUCAAGUCCUACCCUACCGGUAACAUCUCCAAGCACAUGGCCGGUCUUGCCGUUGGCCAGACCAUCCGCGUCAAGGGCCCCAAGGGCGCUUUCGUCUACACUCCCAACAUGGUCCGUCACUUUGGCAUGAUCGCCGGCGGUACUGGUAUCACCCCCAUGCUCCAGGUCAUCCGCGCCAUUGUCCGCGGCCGCAAGGCUGGCGACACCACCCAGGUCGAUCUCAUCUUUGCCAACGUCACCAAGGAGGACAUUCUGCUCAAGGAGGACCUCGACGCGCUCACCAAGGAGGACAAGGGCAUCCGCGUGCACUACGUUUUAGACAAGCCCCCUGCGGACUGGCAGGGCGGUGUUGGCUAUGUUACCGGCGACAUGAUCACCAAAUGGCUCCCCAAGCCCGCCGAGGAUGUCAAGCUUCUUCUCUGCGGCCCCCCUCCCAUGGUCAGCGGCCUCAAGAAGACUGCCGAGGCUCUUGGCUUCAAGAAGGCCAGACCCGUCAGCAAGCUCGAGGACCAGAUCUUUGCUUUCUAA